GCUAGUUCCUGGAGGUGAGGGGAGCAGCAGCCUGUUUGUAAUCAGUUAUUGUGCUGAGCUGUCCGUCCCGCAGCCUCCACUCACAGACCUGCACGCUCUCCAGCUUACACCCGAGUGCGUACUGCAGCCUCCAACAUGACAGACCAAGCUCCGUUUGACACCGAUGUGCUCACCAUGACACGAUUCGUGAUGGAGGAGGGGAUCAAAGCCAAAGGCACCGGAGAAAUGACCCAGCUGCUAAAUUCCCUGUGCACAGCCAUCAAAGCCAUCUCCUCAGCUGUGCGCAAGGCUGGGCUAGCCCACCUAUAUGGAAUUGCGGGAACCACUAAUGUAACAGGGGACCAGGUGAAGAAGUUGGAUAUCCUUUCAAAUGACUUGGUGAUUAACCUGCUGAAAUCCUCAUUCAGUAGCUGUAUCCUGGUAUCAGAAGAAGACCCACAUGCUCUUAUAGUUGAACCGGAGAAAAGGGGUAAAUACAUUGUCUGUUUUGACCCACUGGAUGGUUCCUCAAACAUUGACUGUCUGGCAUCAAUUGGCACAAUCUUUGCAAUCUACAAAAAGACCUCUGACAGUGAGCCCACUGAAAAGGAUGCCUUACAGCCAGGGCGGAAUAUCAUUGCAGCAGGUUAUGCCUUGUAUGGAAGUGCUACAAUGCUGGUCCUAGCUACUGAGUGUGGUGUGAAUUGCUUCAUGCUAGACCCUGCUAUUGGAGAAUUCAUCUUAGUCGAUAAAAAUGUUAAAAUUAAACCACGAGGCAAUAUUUACAGUCUUAACGAAGGCUAUGCAAAAUACUUUGAUGCAGCAGUUACAGAGUAUCUCCAGAAGAAGAAGUUCCCACAAGAUGGCCGCUCACCAUAUGGAGGAAGAUAUGUUGGAUCAAUGGUGGCUGAUGUUCACCGAACAUUAGUAUAUGGAGGAAUUUUCCUGUACCCUGCAAACUCAAAGAGCCCAAAGGGAAAGCUGAGGCUGUUGUACGAGUGCAAUCCCAUGGCAUACAUUAUGGAGAAAGCUGGAGGAAUGGCUACAAACGGACUGGAGAACGUGCUGGAUAUAGUUCCAGAAAGCAUUCACCAGAGAAUGCCCAUAGCCCUGGGCUCUCCAGAAGACGUGCAAGAAUACAUUGAGAUUUUCAAGAAACAUGCCAAAAAAUAAAAGCUGCUGGAUUCAGUUCUGGGAAGGAGUCCCAGCAGGAAUGCAUUACACAGCUGUGACAUUUGUCACUCAGGAAAACAACUUUCUUACUUUUAUAGACAAUGUCAGGUGUGGCUAAGAAACAUGAAUAAAUAUUUUUAUUAA